AAGAGGGAGGGGAUGAAGACAGGAGCCGGGGCUAGCAUGAGCGACAGAGGUCACCAUCUGAGAGGAAAGGGAUGGAAAGCAUGCACACAUGCAGCAGGCACAGCAUGGAUGCAGCUUUUGUGUUCAGCAGCAGAUCAGAUUGUCCUGGCUCCUGCAGACGCUUCAUGGGACAGUGAGGGCGAGCUCACCAUCAUGUCAGUCUCCAUGGUAACAGAGAUAUAUCGGUCAAGCGACUGGUCUGCAGUUUCUGAGACCCCAAGAGGUACCAACAUUACGGAGCUAGAACGGGACCCCCUGCUGGCUGUAGCGGAGGUGGUGGUGCUGGCCGUCAUCCUGCUGCUGGCAUUGAUUGGGAACGGGUUGGUACUGGUGGUGUUGCUGAAGCGGAGGCAGCACCACAGUCCACUUCACCUGUUCAUGCUGAACCUCUGUGUGGCUGACCUGGUGGUUGCACUGUUCCAGGUGUUACCUCAGCUGGUGUGGGACGCUAAGGGCCGCUUUCCUGGCCCAGACUUUUUGUGCCGCCUGGUGAAAUACCUCCAGGUUCUUGGGAUGUUCGCCUCCUCCUACAUGAUUGUAGCCAUGACUGUGGAUCGCCACUAUGCAAUAUGCUGCCCCCUGCAGGCACACCACAGUGGGGCAACAAAGCGUUGGAACACGUUCAUAUUACUGGCCUGGAGUCUCUCCCUGCUGCUCAGCUUGCCACAGGUUUUCAUCUUCUCCCGUUCUGAAGUGGCUCCAGGGGUCUACGAAUGUUGGGGACACUUUGCCCAGUCCUGGGGCCUCAAAGCAUAUGUAACAUGGAUGGCCCUGGCCAUCUUCAUCAUCCCUGUCCUCAUCAUCACUUUUUGUCAGGUGCGCAUCUUCAAGGAGAUUCAUCAUAGUCUGUAUAGGAAACCAGAGCGCCGCUUGUCCCCCACCUCUCUUCCUCUGUCCAGACAGGACAGCCAGAGCCGAGGAGGAGGAGGAAAAACAGGGAAGUCUGCUCUGCCCGUUUAUGUCUCAUCUCUCACUUUCAACAACCCUGGGAGUCACAACACCUCUGAUGUUGGAUCCACCAUCCAGAACCUCCCGAUGAGUCCGCUCAGGUCCGGCAGGAUGACUUCACAGUGUGAAACAAACACUUGCUGUGCUGUGCCGCCUGCUGUUUGCUCCACUCACAAAACCCCGCUGGCCAGGGGUGGGGAGGUGACAGCUGCCAUGUCAAAAACUGUGAAGAUGACCCUAGUCAUUGUCCUGGUCUACUCUCUCUGCUGGGCCCCGUUUUUCAGCGUGCAGCUUUGGGCCGCCUGGGACCCCGACCCGCCUCAGAGAGAUACAGCGUUCACGCUGUUGAUGCUGUUGGCCAGCCUGAACUCGUGCACCAACCCUUGGAUCUACUCCGCCUUCUCCAGCAGCGUCUCCCCGGAGCUCCGUCUGCUGCUGUUCUGUUGGAUGCCGUCGCAUCAACGAGGCUCUUUCCCAAACGACUCAACAGCCACACACACCUCCAACUCCUGACGACCCAACACCCGUCAGCAGUCAUAAGAAAGUUUGUUAUCAAAGGAAUAGUUAGAGAGUUUAUAACGUGCAAAGGUUAAGUCAGUUAGCAGAACUAUGGAACCUCUGACAAAUGAAAUGGCAUCACAACUCUUGGAGGAUGUUGAUUUUGACAAUGUGAACAUUUUAAUUGUAUUUAUUAGGAGUCUCUUCUUUUCAGGUCAGUCAAAAAAAACGUCAACCACCCUUUAGUUAACACUUCUAAAACAAAUACCUAAGUCUGAUUCUGAGAAGCUGUUAGUGAUGGCAGGCUGAAUGGUAACAGGAGCCCAUCAAGGACUCCAACUUCCAGAAGGUAAACCAAGACAGAGCGUGGCAGAAGAUGGUGUUUGUUUUCAGCUGAGGCCAACAUGUGGAGCAAGCACAAACAAAAACGAUAAAGGUCUGUCCACCAAGCAACCAGCGCUCAGACUUUGCUUUAGAAAACAACUCAGUGACUUGUGCACCGAACAGUUGUUUAAAGUUGUUUUUGGUCAUACAUGUGAUUCAUGUCAGAACAUUAUUUCAGUGUUAUGUGCAGAUAGUAAAAAGCAGAAUAAAUGAGGUGGCCCAGU